GGGAGAGAGAAGUGAAGCACAAAUAGGUAUGUGGCACUUCCACACACCUGAGAUGUGAGAAUCACAUUUUUACUGGUUGCCAAAGCCAACUCUGUCAGUUUUGCACAAAAGUAACUCAACGUCCAGCUCAGUGUCUCAUUCUAGCUCACGUCUUCUCCAUAUUGGCCUUUGCCCACAAGAGUUGAAGAUACUGUUCAGUGACGGACAAAUCAGACAUCAGACGAAGCAGGGUGACUGAUCCUUCCUGUUGGCUCCAUGGCAGAAAAUAAUUAUAGCUGGUGGAAGUUAACCUUCCUCCGAAAGAAAAAAUCAACUCCAAAGGUAUUGUAUGAAAGUCCAGAUAUUUACGGAGUGUCCAGUGAUGAGACUCUACAAGAGGGCAUACCAGCAGAUGGGAGCAGCGGAAGCCACAAUGAGCAGGAAUUCAAUGCCCGGCUAGAGAAAAUUGUGGACAAAAGCACCAAAGGGAAACAUGUCAAAGUUUCCAAUUCUGGACGCUUCAAAGAAAAGAAGAAAAUCAGGGUUACUUUGCCAGAAAACCCCAAUUUCUUUUCUGAUGGGGAACGGGACGAAAAAUAAGAGCCAAGUGAAGGAGAUGCUUAUGAAAAGCCCUUUUUUGAUGACAUUUCUCUGCUGAAGAGAAGCUGAUGAUGACACAUCAGGUUCAUUACAUUUGCUAAUGAAGUUAACGAGGGAGCCAUCUGAAACUCUAGGAUAGGGUCCUGAUUUUCAUGUGAAGUUUUCAAAAAGGAUGAACUUUACCUAUGUUUUAUUUUGUUUUCCUCUUUUUUAAUUUAAGAAAUAGAGUGGUAAUAUUUGCAUUAAACACAAGCUUAUGAGGAACUUAUAAAUGAGAAAGGAAAAUUGAGACGUAGAGCGCAGAACAGGGAACAUACACAAUAUUGCUAAAUUCAGAUCAAUUACCCCUCCUUAGCUACCUUGUUAACCUAAUCAAAGUAAACAGAAAAUGUUUGUUUUUGCCUCUCAGGUCUGCCCAGCUCCUGGCACACUUGGGCAGCUUCUCUGAUAGGCCUCAUUGGUACUGGCACCUGCUUUCCUCUUCCUACCCUCCUCCCUGCUGUCAGCUUUCUUGCAACAGCAGUUGAAACCGACCACUGAAAAUUAUCCAAACAUUCACUCACCCCGAUUCACCUUGAUAUAGUCUUGUUCUAAGUCACAAUAGAAAAUACUACAAUGGGAUUUUUUUUUUACAGAUUUAGUUGCUUCUUCUAGGUAAGCUUUGGUGGCCUCUUAGAUAUCAAUAAAGCCGGUCAAUCUGAUGUCAGCACAUGGAAAGAUUCUUAUGGCAGUUCAUACAAAUCUUUAUUUUUAAGAAACUUAAAAACAAUUUGAUAAUUACCAGCAGUCAGCAUGACCUAUCAAAAAAAUAUAUAUCUUGCCACAUGAACCCUUAGCAAAGGUUUUGUCUGGAUAGAAUCCUUAGAUUGAGGGAAUGCUGGAGAUGUAGUUUAACUUAAUUGCAGAAAAGCACUUUAAAAAACAGCCCAUUAUAUUCUGCUUAGCAAGCUACUUGAAUGUGAGCAGGAUGGUGAUUACAUACCUGACUCAAAAAUUAUUCUCAGAGCGGUUCCUUAUCGAAUUGGAAUAAGGUAUCAUGUGGGUGGGGAAAAUAUCCUAGGUCUUGUACUCUCAAACAUUUUUUAUUCCUUGGGUAAAGAGGCGAAGAGAAUGCUUUCCUGAAUUUGCUGAUGAUAUAAAACUGGAUAGGAUAUCUUUCAAAACAGAAAUAAAAUUUGGUAGUUUAUAUACAGUAAAAGAAAUGAGAUAAAUAGAUCAAUAAUAUUUAAUAGAGAUGAUUGCAAAAUUAUUUUCCAAGGAAGCAAAAAUGUUAUGGAUAAAUUGCAGUACUAAUAAAUUGUAAAUUGAAUGUGGGAUUUGGGUCAACAAUGUGAUAUGCCUAUGGGAAAAAAACCAAAACCAAAAGGCAAGUAUAAUUUUAAGUAGCAUAUACAGAAAUACAAUUUUUAAAUAAAAAUUCUACU